GGGAGGGAGUCCCCGCGGGGAACGUGCUCGCCAUCGUGAGCUCCCCGCGCCUUGCGCCCGUCGCGGAAGAGCCGAGGAUGGACACCGACUCUCGGGUGCAAACAUCAAAUCAGACGCAAACAGAUUCAUUAUCUCCAUCCCCUAAUACUGUGUCACCCGUGCCUUUGAAUAACCCAACAAGUGCCCCAAGAUACGGAACUGUGAUUCCUAAUCGCAUCUUUGUAGGAGGAAUUGACUUUAAGACAAAUGAAAAUGACUUAAGAAAAUUUUUUUCCCAGUAUGGGUCUGUAAAGGAAGUGAAGAUUGUAAAUGACAGAGCAGGAGUGUCCAAAGGGUAUGGUUUCAUCACUUUUGAAACACAAGAAGAUGCACAAAAAAUUUUACAAGAGGCUGAAAAACUUAAUUAUAAGGAUAAGAAGCUGAAUAUUGGUCCAGCUAUAAGAAAACAACAAGUAGGGAUCCCUCGUUCCAGUAUAAUGCCAGCUGCUGGAACAAUGUAUCUAACAACCUCAACUGGAUAUCCUUACACUUACCAUAAUGGUGUUGCUUAUUUUCAUACUCCAGAGGUAACUUCUGUCCCACCACCUUGGCCUUCACGUUCCAUAUCUAGUUCUCCUGUGAUGGUAGCUCAGCCUGUCUAUCAGCAACCUGCAUAUCACUACCAGGCCUCAGCACAGUGUCUACCAGGACAGUGGCAGUGGGGUGUUCCCCAGUCUCCUGCCUCUUCUACUCCAUUCUUGUAUCUGCAACCUUCUGAAGUUAUUUACCAGCCAGUAGAAAUCGCACAAGAUGGUGGAUGUGCUCCACCUCCACUGUCGCUGAUGGAAGCUUCAGUUCCAGAGCCUUAUUGUGACCAUGGAGUUCAAGCAGCUUAUCACCAAGUCUAUGCUUCAAGCGCCAUUGCUAUGCCUGCACCUGUGAUGCAGCCUGAACCGAUUAAAGUAAGAAGUUUGUUUUGA